GAAAUCCAAAACACGGAUAUUACUUACAUAAGAAAAUAUGGUGCAAACACCAGAAAUUUGAAUCAAAUAUACAUUGUCGUCUUUUUCAGAAACCAAAGCCAAAGAUCUCUGCAUCUCGCAGACUGUUCUUGAAGACCAAACUUAUAAAGAAGGCCAUGACGAUGUGGGAGGCUGAUAAACAAACCAGAAAGGAAGAACGAGACAGGAUCCUUGCUGAGAGAGUGCCAGGCCUCCAAGUGUCCGGCAUGUCCAUGCAGGACCUACAGAAUCUGUGCAAAGAGCUACACCAGAAAAUCGAUAAGGCAGAUGAAGAGCGCUAUGAUAUUAAUGCUAAAGUAAAUAUAAACGACAAAGAGAUAGGGGAUCUGUCUCAAAAAAUCAUUGAACUAAAAGGAAAGAUGAAGAGACCAAACCUGAGGAGGGUGAGGGUGUCUGCAGACGCCAUGCUGGGAGCUCUGCUGGGAUCUCGGGUCAAAGAGUCCGUAGACUUCAAGGCCAAACUCAAGACCGUAAAGAAAGAGGAUGAGAAGAAAGAAGAAGUGACUGACUGGCGUAAGAACGUGGACGCCAUGUCUGGGAUGGAGGGCAGAAAGAAGCUGUUUAAUGCUGGACAGUAGAUUUCAGUUUAACAUCUCUGUGACACUUCCUAGUGUGGUAAAACAGAUGAAAAAUAUUAAAAUUAUUUAAUUAUGCUCUUUUUGUAAAUAGAUAAAUCGAAAAAGAGGAACAGUUCAAAUAUAUUUUAUUGGUGUAUCAAAGAAUGAAGUGUAUUUGACAUUGUUCAAAGUUACUGCUUUCCCGGCAGUAUUUAGUACUUUGGUGGUUGAUGUGUGUCAUCAUAAAUAUUUGAAAUACUUUUAAUAGGUGUGAUUAACCAAAUGUGUAUCAAUUCAACAUCAGGCUUUACUGCUUUAUUAGAAUACCCAUUAUUUUACUGACAAACAGACAUAAUGCAAACAGACUUUUUCCAUUCUUCAUCCUCAAUUUCUUAGUGGGUUAUAACGUUUCGCGUGGAAUCAUGAACAGAUGCAGCAGUUAAACUUCCUUGUGUUUCAUUCUGUGUCUCACUAACAGUUAAACACUUUUUGAACUACCUUAAAUUGACAUAAUACAAAUGUAACUGUAUAAUUACAGUAAACCUGACUUUUUUGUA